UAUUUCAUAUCUGUCAUGUCUUCUGCUCUUCAGACUCUGCUGCAACACCUUGUUACAACGAUAACAGACAAAUUCCUGCCCAAUUAUGGCCUUCUCAUGUUGUGGGCAUCCCUUGCUAAUGCAAUACCUAUAACGUUUUGGGCCAUCGCCUUCAUGAUGUCCAAACCCUCAACCUACAAGAAAGCCAUGGAGGAGAUAAAUGCUACACUGAAAAACCAAGACACCAAAAACACCAAUGUGACGCUGGAGGACCUCCAGGAGAUGCCGUACGUGAAGUGGUGUAUCCUGGAAGCCAUCCGGCUCCGGGCCCCAGGUGCUAUCACCCGCAGGGUGGUGCGGCCAAUCAAACUACAGAACUACAUCAUUCCUCCUGGAGACUUGCUGAUGGUGUCUCCAUACUGGGCACACAGGAACCCUAAGUACUUCCCCGCCCCGGAGGAGUUUAAGCCUGAAAGAUGGGAGAAGGCGGAUUUAGUAAAGAAUGUCUUCCUGGAAGGGUUCGUGGCAUUUGGAGGAGGCAAAUACCAGUGCCCAGGAAGGUGGUAUGCAAUAAUGGAACUGCACAUGUUCGUGGCCAUGAUUCUCUACAAAUUCGACUUCACUCUUUUGGAUCCUUUACCCAAUCCGAGCCUGCUUCACCUGGUGGGCACCCAGCAACCAGAGGGACCCUGCACAGUGAACUACAGACACCGAUAGUGUGUCGCCUUGACCAGUAGGGGGCCCUCUACAACACGCUCCCAGAACAACUGAGACUAACCAUAGAUUGGACCCCUACAACAAAGGCAAUAUAAAUGAAUGGAAAUCAAGCUAAUAAAGCAUCUGCGGGAAAGCCAAGGGCCCAUUAAUUUUAUGAACUGAAUUUCUGUCUGCCCCUGGUUUGAUGGAGGAACAGAGAAACUGACAGUUCCUCCAUAUAUCCCCUUCUGUAGUCUGAAGCAUCUUUGUGUUACCACUUGAAUAUAUUAAAGAUAACAUGAUUUAAUAUUACCUCAAUGGGCUCAGAUAAAAUAGGGAACCCUAAUAAUGAGACCACGCACCAGGGUCCAAGAAAUAUGAGAAAUAUCUUAAUUAAUCACAUAGGAAUAUUUGUGUAAUGUAUAUUUAUUCUGAAUUUAUUUUAUUAUAAGUCAUAUGAAAAUGAAAUUAACCUUAAACUGCAAUUUUCUUUGACGCAGGGUGAACCUCAUUAACUGGUAUUGCAAUGCUUUGCCUUGUCUUAUAAUUACCUGUGUACUUCAGAUGUCAAUCUUACCGAUAUACGGCACUACACUUGUUGCAAUUAAAACGAUUUCUGUGUUCCAGCAGUAUGGUCUACACACACA